UCCAGUUCAUUUGCAAACGUUUUUUCUUUCAAAUCGGAACGAUGUCUGAUCAACCAGAAUGGGGAAUAAAAUUUUCAAAAUUUUUCAUAAUUCCACAACGAGUGAUUUUGGCCAUAUUUGGUUUCUUGGCCAUUUUCAAUGCCUACACAAUGCGAGUGUGUCUAUCGCAAGUCAUCACCGUGCUGGUGGUGAAGAAGAACUACACAAAGGACGAAGCGGCGGCUGUGUGUCCCCCCGAUCCGAAUGACAAGAGUCCCUUGAGUCGGGAAGGCGGCUCCUACAAAUGGUCCGAAGAGUUGCAGGGUUUCAUCCUGGGUUCGUUUUACAUUGGAUACAUCAUUACCCAUCUUCCUGGAGGCCUUCUCGCCGACAAGUUUGGAGGAAAGUGGACCCUGGGCAUAGGCAUCUUCCUCACGGCUCUGUUCACCUUGGCCACGCCCAUGGCGAUCAACUUUGGUGGAUCCACCGCCCUGAUAGUACUGCGGAUAUUGAUGGGUCUCGGUGAAGGAACCACCUUUCCAGCCCUGAGCGUCCUGCUAUCUGCCUGGGCGCCAGCUUCUGAGCGAGGGAAACUGGGAGCGCUGGUACUCGGUGGUGGCCAGGUGGGUAGCAUCGCCGGCAACUUGAUCUCCGGUCUAAUCCUGGACAAGUACGACUGGCCAUUGGUGUUCUACUUCUUCGCAUCGGUGGCCAUACUCUGGUUUAUCCUGUUUUCGCUGCUGUGCUACAGCUACCCCGACAAGCACCCCUUCAUCAAGCCCUCGGAACGGGAGUACCUCAUGAACGAGAUUCCUCACAAGCCAGACAAGCCGCCAACUCCCUUCAAAUCCAUCCUCGUCAGUGUGCCCAUGUACGCCCUGAUCAGCGCCCAGAUCGGCCACGACUGGGGCUUCUACAUCAUGGUGACCGAUUUGCCCAAGUACAUGUCCGACGUGAUGCGGUUUUCCAUCAAGGCCAACGGCUUGUACUCGUCGCUGCCGUAUGUGACCAUGUGGAUAGUGUCUGUUACCAGUGGGUUCAUAGCCGACGCGAUGAUCACCCACAACUGCAUGAACACGACCAACACCCGGAAACUGAUGACUGCAGUCGCAGCUUUCGGUCCGGCUAUCUUCAUGAUCGCAGCUUCGUAUGCUGGCUGUAAUCGUCUCGUGGUUGUGAUCCUCUUCACCAUCGCCAUGGGACUGAUGGGCACCUACUACGCCGGCAUGAAGCUUACACCCCUGGAUCUCAGUCCCAACUACGCCGGCACCCUGAUGGCCAUCACCAACGGCAUCGGUGCCAUCACCGGCGUCCUCUCGCCCUACUUGGUGGGCGUAAUGACCCCGAAUGCCAAUAUGAUGGAAUGGCGCAUGGUGUUCUGGGUGGCCUUCAUCAUACUCUUCGUCACGGCAAUUGUGUACGUCAUCUGGGCGUCCGGUAAUGUCCAGGCCUUCGACGACGGCACCAAUACUUUCAAGAAGCAACCGAAGCCCGCCGAGCCGGCCAAAUAAGAAAACAGUGGAUAUAUAAAAAUUCUCCGUUCAAGAUUCUGGUUUUAACAAGUGAUUUUGCUUCUAUUGGUGUAAAAUAUGGCGAUAUGAAUACCUUGAUUUGAUAUUUGGCAAUUGGCAUCAAGUAUGAAGACGUGUACAUACCUUGGAAU